AUGGCUAUUCCGAAUAAACAAGAUCCGAUUGUCCUGGUGAUUGAUUUCCACCAUGCGCGGGGUCCGGAAAUCGAGCAUUGCAUCGCCAACGAAGGCGCGAACCCUGCCACAGACAAUGACUGGUCAUUGCUUCCGUUCAUGGCCCUGUCUGAUGGCGCUCACCUUCGAUAUGGCCACCCUCGAUUUUAUAGUGGAGAGCAACGCGCUAAUGUCCUGCGAUUUAAUACUCCUUCUAGUUCGACCGAGGAAUUCUCCUAUUUUACCCUACGUGGCAGAGAAACACCCGAGACCUCUGAAACUUCACUGUUCGGUAUCGCCUGCUCGCGCCAGCUUGAUGCCAAGCUCCUCCUCAAUCGCCCGCCGGACGUGACGAGAUCUACGGUACAAAAGGCGGUGGUUGUUGUCACCGAUUCCCCGCAGAGGGUAGGCCAGCUGCGCGAGAAGCUCUCGGUGGUAACAACGGCGUGGUUUGCUCAACGCGACUUCUCCGAUAUCGAUAUUUUGAAGAAAUUUCACGAGGGCUUGGUGAUUAGCUUAAUGAAGGAUGGCCCGAAGGAUCAGAACUUGGGUCUCUCCCUCCGAGAAAUGAUUCACGAAUUUAAGUACCAGACUCUAGUACUAUUCAAGGCAUUGCUAUUGCAGCCCAAGAUGCUUUUCUUCGGUACACGAUGCGAAAGAUUAUGCAUGCUCCAAUUUUCACUCGUCUCCUUAAUACCCGGUCUUAUAAACAACUUGGAAGACUGCGCAGAUCCUUCAUUUGACAGCUAUGCACAGAGCGUUGAGAAGCCAACUUCUCUCAAGACUAGUGAUCGCAGCUCUUUGCUGGCAUAUAUGGGUCUACCGUUGCAGAUCUUUGGAAAGGGAAGCAUGUUCGGGCCCUAUACCCCUCUUCAGCAGCUGGAUCUGUUAGCCGACGAUGGUACGAAGUCGUAUGUUGUGGGAUCAACGAAUUCAUUGCUUCUACAACAGAAGGACCGCUACAGUGAUAUUUUAAUCAACCUUGAUGAAGAUAGCAUUAGUAUCUCAUCUCUACCUCUCCGAAACGCUUUGGCCCUCUCCACGGCCGACAGACGCUGGAUUGAUCUUCUCACUCAAAUUGUUAAUGACACUUGGGAUGAAGAACACCCGUCACGCCCAAAGACCCUUGGUUUUAUGGGCUCCGAGGAGUUCAUUCGACUGCAAUUUGAGGAGUACCUGCUGGCCCUACUAUCUUCCAUGAAAUACCACGAAGAACUCAGCUCGUUUACUUCCGGUGAAUCUGGCCAUCGCAGCAGAGCGCAGUUACAAAACUUCAACAUUGAAGGAGACCCUGCUGUCGACUUUAACACCGAAUUUUUGAUCCAGUGGCAGAAGACCUCCAACUAUGCACUCUUCUCGCGCCUCACCUCGGAUGCACUCUUGUUUUCUAUUACCGAACCCCGACACCCAAGUGCCGGUGGAUUGACCGUGGAAGAUAUUCAACGUCGACUAUCUCAACAAGUAGCCGAUCUCCAUCUAGACGAAAAGGUUCGUGAGGGACGGGAGGCACUCGGCAGACACCUUGCAACAGGCCAGAAGAAAGUCAGCGCAGCAUACAACAGAUUCUGGUCCGACAUGGAAACCGUGCGCGAGAACCAAAAGAAGCGCAAUGAAGAAAGAUCCUCCCAGUCACAGCGCGCUUCAAUUGAUACCCCCGCCUCUCCUUCACAAGGAUCCAUUGAUGAUUCCACCUCCGAAACAUCAGGUGCUUGGUUUGCUAGCCGCCCAAGAGCUUCAAUUGACGUCGCCCAGGCCCAGGCCACAGUGGGCCAAGCCAGCCAAAAGGCUGGCGCAUAUUUCAGUUCAUGGGGGUCAUGGGCGAACGAGAAGCGACGUGAGUGGCAAGAAAAGCGCAGCGCUUCGCCAAGCCCGCAGCAAGGCGCAGUCGCCCCGUCACCAUCAGCACCAUCACUGCCUAUUGUCAGCGAAACCAUCCACGAUUCAGACCGCGGCCGUCGUCGCUCGAUGCAGCGACAAAGCGAAGAUGCCGAGGGUCUGUCGCGCAGUCUGAGCCGUAGAAAGAGAUGGAGCAAUAUUCUUCUGCGUCGCGAGAGUGGUGAAUUCAAGCGCGACGAGAGUACCGAUGCCCCUUUCCCUAAGUCACCCCUCUCGCAAGGCUUCCCAGCACACGAUCUUGGCACGGAGGAGAAUCCAUUUGAAGCCGAAAAGGUUCCGGGACAGCAGCAUCAACACCAAGCUGCCGACGCGGACGGUUUCACUAGCGUCUCACUUACGCCCAAUGAGGGACUCCGCGUGGACCUCAACCCCAGCGAGUCUACGGCUGAAAAGACAGAGGGUUCCAAGAAGACCGCUGAUCCACGACCGGAUGAUUCGCUGACUGCUCUGCCCGUCAAAGACGAAGAGCAAUCGCAUGUCGAGGCUAAGGAUGAUUCCAUUUCUAGCAAAUAA